UGACAAUUCGUUUUUUGUAUGAAUCAGUACUCACAUUUUUUUUUUCGCAAGAAAUAUUAGUCCCUCUCGGCAUCCCCGGGUCCGUUUUUCUUCUCUACGUACUUGUUCACUUUCGCAUCUAGUUUUAUCGUCCCUCGUUUGAUGCUGUGAACCCUGUGCUGUCUGUCUUCUAUCCGUCAUCUAAGCUACACCGAAUUUUGAUCGACAUACAACAAAUUUCUCGGCAACAUGUACCCUGCCUCGCCACUGUGGAUCCGCAACUUGGCGGGUAAAACCGUUGCGAUGACGCUGGAUACCUCCAAGUACAAAGUCAUCAAAGACCUGUCCUGUUGGGAUGUGGUGAGGACGAGUUUCUACGAAGACAAACUUCUCCCUCCCGUCCACCGCAUCAAGUGGUACAAGCAUUACGAGGGAGAUGGAACUGCAGCAGCCGACGAGGGGGAAGUAACGUCGGACAACGGCGAUUAUAUGCAGGAAGAUGAUGAAAACACGCCGGGUAUAUGGAAGGAAUUGAAGGUGGAAGUUGAAGGAAAAAGAAGUCGGGUUAGUUGUUUAUCGAAGGUCGGGUAGUUGUGUAUUGAAGGUUCCUCCUCAUCGGUAUUGAAGUUUCUCCCUUUAAAAGAAGUUGUUUCUCGGCUUGAAGUAUGCGAUGUUUCGGUUUGAACUAUUAACAUUUCGGAUCGAAAUACUUAUAAAGAAAAACGGAAAUGCAAAAAUCGCAGCUCGAAAAAUUACAACUUUCAAAUGCAAAAGUCACAAGUUCGGAUCAAAAGUCAUUUUUUGCGAAGAGCUGUUUUCUUGAUUUCAAAGGGUCGUUUAUGGUCUACUUUUCUAAGUUGUCCAUUCAUAAAGUGGUGAUGUUUUUUGGUUUUAAGGCGGCCGAAUAUGGAAACUUCGAAGAUCAACAGAGAAGCUUCAUAAUUGGCAGACGGACGUGAACGUGUUUGUGUUGAUUUUCCCUGGUCGUAACGACGUUUCAGACUUGCGGAAGUCCAAGUCGGUGCUCUCAGAAAUAGAGCUUGUCGGUAGUUGUACCAGUGGGGGAAGAGGAAAUGUCUUGAGUUUCCGACUUCUGGUAUCGGAAUUCAGUCGGUCUCGGUACGACAGUGAAGCCCACGUGAAUCAACCACAGAAUAAGACACCGAGUCACUUCGUCCUGCUGAUCCGCUUCAUCCGCAGGAGGAGAAUGUGGAAGAUGAUCGAAACAAACUUUAGUACAGACAAGAAAAUGUUCUUGUUCAUCAAACCGGUACUAUCUUCGUUGUAAGGUGACGGGGAGCAGGCAUUUUCACCGCUGAUCAUCGCAGGGAGCGCAACAAGUAAAUAUCUACCACCUCGGACAGUUCAUUCAAGAGCAUAUAUCUCCUUUAUUUGUCCCGGCGGUGCGCCUUGCAAGA